AUGGCUAUCGGCUUCCAGCGAUACUCCAUCUUUGUGUUGAUCACAGCAUUGAUCACCACACUCUACCUCAAUUAUCAGCGCAACUCGAUACGCAAAGUCAAGGUCAUCAUCAAGAACUGCAAGGUGGGUGCGAGCACCUUUGACCACAGCGGACAGCCGAUGCACCACCCAUGCUACUUCCCACUAAGCAUGGACUCGCCCGGUGGCCUGCCAACGCUCGGCAAAGAGGUGUGCCCUGAUACUGACUCAGAGGAAGCAGUCAAGGCUUUGGAGAGCCUACACUGCGUCUACGCCGUCAAGCACGUGGCAACUGGCGUGCGUUCACAUCUUGGCUGCUAUCACAAGGACGACAAGUCGUUGAAAUUCCCACCAUGCCUGAAGGAAACAUGCCGUAUCGAGGAGUGGACCGGCCAAAAGAUUCACCCUACAUUCAAGCAGUAUCACGCCGUGUGCGGUUAUCCUGUCGACCCCGAGUUGAUUCAUCCAAUUGAACCUGUGAGGGCAAAGGUCUUGAAAGAGGUCAAGAAUUGA